AUGCCCCUUCUACCUCUUCUGAGCCCCGGCUGCCGCUGGAUGCCAUCUAGAAGGCAGGGCAUGACUCGCUGGCUGAAUCAGCCCCACGCUGCCCCCGCAGACACCGUGGCACCGACAAGGAGCAGGGCACCACUGGCUCCUAAUCAUGUGCAGGAGGUUCGCCUACACCGGGUGGAGUCCAUCAGCGAUCUACACAGUGGAGGUUCACUGUGGCCCUACCUGGCCGAGGAGGCGCAGCCACGGGAUGAGCUGCUGGGCGCCCUGCCCCCAUCGAUGUGCGCCCAGGCCGGCUGCAGCCCUGCGCACAGCUUCCUGCUGCUGCCUGCGCUGCUGGUGCUCGCCUGCCUGGCGCUGGCUCUCCUGGCCGUCUACCUGAGUGUGCUGCAGAGUGAAUCCCUACGCGUGCUGGCGCACACACUGCGAACACAGGAGGAAACGCUGCUCAAACUCCGGCUCGCCAGCCUCAGCCAGCUGCGGAGGCUCAACUCGAGUGAGGCCCGAGCACCCAGUUGAGAUGCCACUUGGACCUGGGGGUACAUGUAGGGGGGAAUAAAGUGGCCGUUGGUAGCUUUCCCCUCUCCCACUACUGCUCCACACUACUUCCUUGGUGAGGUUUUCGUAUAAGAGCCUGAUCUGACCCCGCAGCUGCCUGCCUUUCUUGCCUUCUCAAGCUAGGCCUAGCCAAGCCUUCUGGUGUCAGGGCCCUACUUGGUGUGGCCCAAGGUCAGAGGAAGUGACACCAGCCUCCUGGCUCCUCUUGGGGCCUGUCAGCACCCUCUGGCCUCCUCCAGAUAGCAGGUUCAGAAGUCUAAAAAUAGCUGGUCACCCAAACUCUGCUGGGCCUCCCAGUGGGGGUCCAGCCUCAGUUCUCAAAAGAGAGGCUGGGCUCUGAGUAGGGGGAGGAGGGCCCCUGGGGAGAGAUUAUUU